AUGAGCCAAUCACAGCAAUUCCCUCCCUCACUGCGUCAGUCGCAGGUGGGCUCCAUGUCCGCUGGCUCUCCAGGACCAGUUGUUUCUGGCUCUGGCUCAGGCUCUGGAUCCGUCCCUCAACCCCAGCCCCAGCACGACGAGUUGCACAUGUCGGGUUUGAGCCAAACUGGAGGUCCAAUCUCUAUGUCGCCGACAGAAUACGAAAAUACUCCUCAGAUCAAAUUCGAGUCCUCGCCCUCAAACGCCAACGCCCACCACUAUAGGAACCCCUCCAAUACUUCGGUGCCCAACGUCCUCCAACCUGCCGGUGGCCUGUCCGCUCGCGGCGCCCCAGCCUCGCCCAACUUGCCCUCGCCGAUGCAGCAAUCUUCUCCCGCUGCUUCAUCCGUCCCUCAUCAGCCGCCGUCGCAAGCUCAGCAACAGCAGCUUCCUCAUCACUCCCAGCAGCCACUACAGAUCCCGUCGCAGCACGGCCAGCCUACUUACGACCAUUCACGCUCCCCGUCUACCGGCAUCGCGAGCAAACCCCCGCUGAGCAUGUCCCACAGCUACUCCCGCUCCAGCCCAGCCGCUGGCUACGAUGGCUCCUCUGGAAGCUAUCACGCAUAUACUCCCACGACGCCUAGCGGUGCUUCGUCUUCGCAUCUCAUGUCGCCAAUCGAUACUACCCGGUACAAUGCCCCAGGAUCUCAGCGCAACGUUUCCAACACCCCGCUCGGCCUAGCUGAUAUUCGUCCCCGCGCCGACUCGAGCAUGUCCGAUGGGACAGGAGCUGCUAUGAGCUAUGAUGCCAAUAAUGCCCAACCAGGAACGAGCAAUUACCUUGCGCCUUGGGCUAUCUACGCUUUCGAUUGGUGCAAGUGGCCUGCUCAAGGUAAUGGUGCUGGCAAGCUCGCUGUGGGGAGCUACUUGGAAGAUGGACAUAACUUUAUUCAAAUCCUCGAUAGUCAUAUCGCGCCGACUCCUCAGGACGUCUACACUCCUGGUUCAUCCAAGUAUAGCCUUGAGUUCACCAAAGCUGCCGAAGCUACCCACUCUUACCCUGUGACCCGCCUGCUAUGGGAGCCGCCAUCGUCGCAGAAGCAGUCUACUGACCUGCUCGCGACUUCGGGCGACCACUUGCGAUUGUGGUCUCUUCCUAGUGAGAACAACCCUUCUACACCUGGUGGUACCAUCGGCCGUCGCGACAAUCCCACCACCAAGUUAACCCCUCUCGCUUUACUGUCCAACUCGAAGACACCGGAUCAUACCGCGCCUCUAACGUCACUCGAUUGGAACACCGUCUCUCCCAGUCUUAUCAUUACAUCCAGCAUAGAUACGACAUGUACCAUCUGGGAUAUUCCCUCACUCACGGCAAAGACUCAACUCAUUGCCCACGACAAAGAGGUUUACGAUGUUAGGUUCUGCGCCAAAAGUGUGGAUGUUUUUGUCAGCUGUGGUCAGGAUGGUAGUGUCCGCAUGUUCGAUCUUCGAAGCCUGGAGCACUCUACAAUUAUUUACGAGCCAACAGGCAAGGAAGAGCGAGACCCCAACGGUGGCCGUGUUAGCCCGACACUGGCCCAGCAAACGAUGGCCAACCCUCCACCUCUGCUUCGCCUUGCUACUUCUCCUCAUGAUACCCAUCUUCUUGCUACCUUCGCUCAAGACACCAACGUUGUUCGAAUUUUGGAUGUGCGACAACCUGGCCAGGCCUUGCUCGAGCUGCGUGGACAUGGUGGAAACGUCAACUGCAUCGAAUGGUCGCCCCAUCGACGAGGAAUGCUUGCUUCUGGCGGUGACGAUUGCCAGGUUCUCUUGUGGGAUAUUUACAACUCAGGUCAACCCUUGAAUGGCACUCCUCAACAAGACAACCCCAAAAGCCCCGUUGCCGCCUGGCAAUGCGAUUACGAGAUUGGCAACUUGGGCUGGGUACCUCAACUCCCCAACUCCGACUAUGGCGAGUGGCUCGGUGUUGGCGCUGGACGUGGUAUCUGGGGAACAAGAGUCAUGUGA